AUGCCCAGCUCAUGUAACGAGAUCACAGCUGACAGUAUCGAAGGACAGGCACUGGCCCAAUGCCUGCAGGAGUCUGACUGCAUCAUGGUCCAGCGGCACUCGCCGCGUGAAUGCCUGAGCUCUCCUCUCGCCGAGCAGCUGCCUACAAAGUGUCAGCAGCUGAGUAAGGGUUUCAGCGAGUGCAAACGUGGAAUGAUCGAUAUGCGCAAGCGGUUCCGUGGAAACCAGUCCAUUGCUUUGUCGAAGCAGGAUGAAAACAAUAAGACUGGCAAGUCGGACCAACUGUAUGCUGGACGGCCUGCGUAUAAUUCCGUGAAGGAAAUCAGUGGUGACGAGGUUCAAAUGGACCCUGAGAAGACUCGUGGACUGUGA